GUGCCCCACUUGCGGCCUGGCUUUCGACUCCCACGAGGAGGUUCGGGAGCACUGGCUGCGUGAGCACGCGCCGAACUUGUCACCCAAAGCUGCAGCAGCAGCAGGCGACAAGGCCCAAGAGGCCGAGGCCGCUCCGGCGCAGUCGGCGAGCCCCGUGUCCGAGAAGGAGGCAUCCUCACCAGAAAGGGACCCUGACACGAUGCGCGCCAAGAUCGUGGAGGUCGACGACCAGGGGAGUCCCGUCAUCGUGCGGGAGGAGGAGCCCAGUGCGCGCACCAUCGUCACCAAUGAGGACGGCAGCCACCGCGCCUUUGGAGAGGCCAUCGUCAAAUCUCUGAUGUCCAAGGAGAUGGAUAAGGUUGUUGCCUGGGUCACCUCCAUGACAGACCGAACUUUGAGGGGCCUCGUGAACGAGCUGAGCGAGAGGUUCUUCGCGUUGCAGCGCCAGCUGCUGCAGAGACGGGAGCAGCUCAAGGAGCAGCAGCGAACGAAGGGGCUGGCGAUGUUCGACCUCCGUGAAGACUGCACCACCAAGGAUUUGGAGACCGCCUAUCGCCGCCUAGCCCGGUCUAUGCACCCGGACAAGAACGGCGGCACCGAGGAAGCCAAGGAGCGCUUUCAGACCAUGCGGGCGAGAUACGAGGAGCUCAAGGAGCAGUUUGAGCAGGGGGACUUGCGGCCAGCGAACCAGGCUUCGAGGGGCGAGGCGGGCGAGCCGGAGAGGCCUGAGCCGGAGAGGUCACCGGCCGCGGACGACACCGAGCAAGAGAAGGACAAGGAGGAGGCCGAGGAGCAGGCGAUCCAGGGCAGCCAGGAUAAGGGCUCGCAGAAGGCCGACACGGGGCUCCUCGGUGCGAUCACCGCCUACCUGUCCUUGCCGGAAGGGAAGAGAGGAGAGAGUGACCUGGACAGCAGCCCUCAGAAGAGGCACAGAGGCACGGGGACGGGGGUCAAAAUUCCGCAUGCGCCUCCGGUGGAAGGGUCGGUGACUCUUGAGGCCAUUCAGGCGUUACUUGCCCAGCAGAGUGCCACCAUCAUGGAAGCGCAAAGAAGCACCCUUGCGCAGCUCGAAGCUCGGCAGAAUGCAAGAAUUGAAAACAUGGAAGCCAAGAUGCUCGAGCAGCAGGACAAGAGCGAGGCCAUCACGGACAAGCUCCAGGCGCUCGGAGAGAGGAUCGCAAGGCUGGAGAAAGGCGAAGGCGGAAACAUGCUUCCUGACACAAAGAAGAUGACCAAUGAAGCUCCCUCGGACACAAGGGGGAGAAUGCUGGAAGUCAUAACUGCAAUCAACGGGGCGAAGGCCAGCCUCGCUGGGUCAGAGAAACAUCUCUGGGCCUCCUUCAGUCGCACAGUGGAGGAGAGAGGCAAGGCUGCUCUACCGGGGUUUGUCAAGAAGGUGGUCAUGACACAGGCGCCAAGCUUGAAAAGCGAACUGGACAUCGAGUAUUCCACGGGGACGUCCUGGAUUGAGGACCUUCAGCUUAGCGGAAUGGGCAAGCCGCUGCAGCCGGACCACGCCAUGGAGAUCUCUACAAAAGCAGGACCGGGGUGGAUCGAUGUCAAGGGCCUUGCCAGUAAAGCCAGGGUACCGGAAGAUAACACGUUAAUUCGAAUGCUGAAUUGGAACAUUGGCGGGGUGGCAAUCGGUGACCUCACCAAGGCUCUCGAGGAGGCAGGGAUGCAGAAACUUCAUCGAGAUGAUAUUGUGGUAUUGCAGGAAAUUCCCAGAGGAGAACAGGGAUGGCAAAGCCAUCGUUACGAGGGGCUCCUGCUCUUGUCGCACAGAAGUGAAAACCAAUGGCGCGGCAAUGCAAUAGGUUUUUCGGAAAAGUCAUGGACGGUGAUGAGGAAAAUCCAUUCGGAAUGGGGGAUUUGGCUUAGGCUCAGACAUGUGACUAGGUGCCAGGAGAUGUGGGUUGGUUCUCUUUACGUCAAACCAGACUGCAACCAACAUGAACAUCAUCGGAGAACAUCAGCGCAUUUGGAGGCACUUCCCGCCACCCAGCUUCCCGUGAUCCUUGGGGCUGACCUCAACACGCCCUACCACUGGGUGAACACGGAGAACAAGGGGUUGCAAGCUGCCUCUAGGAGUGGAAAGGGCAACCAGUUCCUCAACCAACUGGCCUCGCGAGGUUUGGAAGUGCUGCCACCAGGUGAAGACCACGUGAUGCAGGUGACAAGCAGACCGAGACAGGUUGGAAGGCAGGGCAGGACCAUUGACUUUCUUGCGGGAGCGAGGGUCACCACCAGGGAAGUAACCAUCCAUGCGGAUAGCUUUGAGGUCUUGGGGACUGACCACGAGCUGCUGACGGUUGAGCUCCUUUUUACAGGACUCCGAAAUAGGAGGCGGCCGAACACUCGACCGCGAGUACUUACCAAACCCAUUCCGGAGGUUCUUGAACUCGAUCAAAGAGAGGCCAAAAGAUUGGCAGCUGAGCACACGGGUGUGCCCAAGAAGAAGGGUUACCAGGAUCCGGCUUCGGUGAGGACUCUCUUUCAGAUGGCUAGACACGGUAGGUCUGGGCAGGAUUGGAAGAAAGCUUUCGCUGAGAGGAAGAAGGCCAAGCAGGCCUUCCGGGAAGAGCAGAUUCGGAGUGCGACCUCAGGUGGAUGGUGUGACUACAAAAGCUUGAAGAAAAGGCCGGGAACGGAGUGGGAGUGUCACUUCGCCGAGAGUCAACAAGGGGACCCACACAAGGCUAUCCACGAUCACCUGCAGGGUAUCUACGGAAACGAGCCCCCCGAUCUCACUGACUUCCUCCCGGACACCCCCUUUGAACCUAUCACACCCGAGGAACUGCGGGAAGCCACAGCGGCGGGAAAAAAGGGAAAGAGUACCGGUGAGGACGGGACAUCACAAGAGCUUUUAGAAGGCAUUCUUCAAGCUCCGGGAGGUGAGAGUGCGAUCCUCAAUUGGUUCAACGAGAUGCUGGAAACCGGUGAGCUUCCUGAGGAUUGGUUCAGCUCGCUCAUGAUCGUUCUACCCAAAACAGCUCGCCCUAAUCACCCGAAACAGGUGCGACCGAUAUGCCUCUCGUCAUCAAUGUCUAAGAGCUUCUGCCGGAUCCUGUUGGGCAGGACGAAGCGAGGGAUUAUGUCGAUCGGCUCUGCGCAGUGUGCUGGGGAAGGCAAACAGGCCAUUGAUUACAUCCACACCAUUGCUAAAUUGAUGGGGGUAGAGAGGGAGUGGAAGCUGGGGAUCAGCUUUGUCAAGAUUGAUUUGGAGAAGGCGUUCGACUGUGUGUCAAAGGUGUCCCUCAUGGCUUAUAUCAAGUCCAAGAUCGGAAGAAGCCACGAGGCCAGAUGUUGGCAGAGGCUUCUAAAUAGAUCGGAGGCUCACCUACACACGGCCUGGGGAGACUCCACCAUUCAGCUGAACAACGGGAUCAGACAAGGCUCUGUUGAAAGUCCUCAUCUUUUCUCUUGUCUAGCGGAAAUGACCUUGGAAACUACGGCAUCCAGGUACGCAUGGCCUAGGGAAGACCCGGAACUCAAAGGCUUGAAACUCACCGAGAUCAUGUUUGUUGAUGAUGCCACGUUGUGGCAAAGCUCCCUUCCAAGGUUGACGCAACGACUUGAACAGUGGAUGGUUGUGUUACGUGAAAGCGGCCUGAAAGUGAACCUCAGCAAAUGCCAACUUUAUUGCUCGCCUUACUGCUCCCAAAGCCACAGAAUGAAGGUACAUGGUACGGUGCUGGAGUCGGACAACCACCUUAAUAUCAUGGGGAUGCACUUCACGGUUCAAGGCACAGCCUGCGAGCUAUUGAGUUCGCUGUUGGCGAGAGCGAGAGACAAAUUCUGGUCUUGCUACCACUUACUUGGAUCGAGUGCCACACUUGCUUCAAGGCUUAAGCUUCUUGAAAAGGUUUGUGCAGGUGCAGGACUGUGGUGUGUGGCAGCUUUCUUCCCUGACCGUAAUAGUCAGCAGUUCCUCAACAGCUUCCAACUUCAAUUGGUGGUUUACAUGAUGAAGCUCAAGCGCAAGCCUGACGAGGGGUGGCUGGAACACAGGGUGCGGGUUUUCCGGGCAGCGAGGCUCUCCCUGUGGAGAGGGGGGCACAAAAGAUGGUCCACCUUAUGGCUGGAGCGGUUUUGGCUGUACCAGGGCCAUGUUGCGAGAGGUUCAGACCGUUCUCCCCCACUGGCACCUUCAUUGGUUUCCAAUUUUAGAAAUCGUGAGUGGUGGGUGAAAGAGAAAGCAAAUCCCGACGGCUACAAACACCCCGGUAGGUUCUAUGCGAGAAGUUCGUUAGAGGAAGCGGAGAUGGAUGUUGUGGCAGGUCAAGAAUGGAGGGCGAAAGCAAGAAACAGAGAGGAUUGGAGAGGCCUGGUUGGGGAAUGGGUGAACAGAAUGGAUGUGCCAUGGACUUCCGGAAGACAGAUCAGUGUGAAGGACUUGUAG